AUGAAACCGUUUCCAAACAGUACGUGGCAUUGGAGCCGAACCGUAAGACCAUUCUCACAGUAUUUGUCUAGCACUUGCUUUCUGCAGCAAUCCUCGAGAUUCACCUCGAAACGAUACCUACACCUUUCAACGUCGAAACAACAACAAAAGCGCUUCUUACCCGAAUCUGAGCUUGCUAAAUAUAAAGAAUACUACCAAGGUUUGAAGAGCACGGUAAACGAAUUACCUGAAUCAGUGGCCUCCAAGUCACCUUCAUUAAGAACGCUCCACAAGAGAUUACAAUUACCCAAUGAGUUGACCUAUUCAACACUUUCCAGAUGCUUGACGUGUCCCUCUGCAAAACUGCCCGACAAGAUAAAUAAUCCAGCAAAAGGUGCAGCUUUCAUCAAUACUGUACCUACUAAUAAAUACUUGGACAAUCACGGUUUAAACAUCAUGGGGAAGAACUUGCUCUCUUACCACGUUACAAAAUCCAUUAUACAGAAAUAUCCGAGACUACCCACCGUGGUUUUGAAUGCCGCGGUUAAUGCAUACAUAUCAGAGGCCGUACUGGCCCACAUUGCUAAGUACUGGGGUAUUGAAGUAGAAGCCACGUCUAUUUUAUCGCGCUAUUUGAAAAUGGAGCCAUUUGAAUUCACUUUGGGAAGGCUCAAAUUCUUUAAUAAUUCGUUAGAUUCCAAGGACGGCAUUGAACUAAUUACCGGGAAGAAUUUUUCAGAGAUGAGCGCCCUUGCAAUGAGUGUGAGGAGUAUAAUAGCUGCCAUUUGGGCAGUAACGGAGCAGAAAGACUCCCAGGCGGUUUACAGAUUUAUUGAUGAUCAUAUAAUGAGUAGGAAAUUGGAUAUCACGAAAAUGUUCCAGUUUGAACAGCCUACAAGGGAAUUGGCCAUGCUAUGUCGCAGAGAAGGGCUGGAGAAACCUGUAUCGAAACUAGUCGCUGAGUCUGGUAGACUAUCCAAAUCGCCUGUCUUUAUUGUACAUGUGUUUUCAGGCGAAGAAACUUUAGGGGAAGGUUACGGUUCCUCAUUAAAGGAGGCAAAAGGGAGAGCCGCUACUGAUGCUUUGAUGAAGUGGUAUUGCUACGAGCCUCUUGCGCAACAGGAGCCAGUAGUUGAUCCUGGCACUGUUGUUGUUUAG